CCCGGAAAAAGAAGCUCCGUGUAGUACAUGUGAAUGUUGUGGUUCAUAGAUGUCAACUGAAGGCUGCAAUACAGUUGUGUUUGGAAAACUAUUUGAAUAGUAAAUGCUUUUUAUCCUCCUUUAAAUGCGGCACUUGAGUGGAGAUGGCAGUCGUUUGCUUUAGUAAAAGUCUUCAGCUGCUGAAUGUGACACUGUUCAGGAGUGCAGGAGUCAUUAGAAGAGCAGUAUGCAGAUGUCCAGCCAUUCACAGGACUGUUAACAGCACAAUACCACACUCUCAAAGAGCCUUUCAUACAUCCCAGUCUGUGCUGGUCACUAAGAUACUGUCUGUGGAUGAGAUCUUCAGCAAGAAGUCUUUACAUGACUAUCUGAAGAAGAAGGAAAUGGAGUAUAACACAUGGUUGGACUCCAUCAGUACUGAAAACCAACCACUGGAUGAUGAGGAUGUAAAAAUUAAAAGGACUAAUCUCUCUGCACUAGGGCCUUUGGUACAAAAAAUCAAAGAAUUGGAGGAAAAACAGAAGGAGUUGGAGGAAACACAGGACUUGCUGAAAGACAAUGACCCAGAAUUACAUGAGCUUGCAGAGUCUGAGAAGGAAACCUGUCUGGCAGCCAUUCAAGAUCUCAAACAAAAGAUUUUAUCUCUGCUGAUCCCAGAAGAGGACUCAGACAUGAGUGACCUGGUCCUAGAGGUCACUAUGGGGGUCGGAGGUCAAGAAGCUAUGCUCUUUACCGCAGAGAUCUUCGAUAUGUAUCAUUCUUUCGCUGCUUUCCAUGGCUGGGACUUUGGGAUCCUGGAGGUCAUGUCAAGUGAACUAGGGGGCAUCAGACAUGCAGCAGCCAGUAUCAGUGGUCCACUCAGCUAUAAAAAGUUAAAGUUUGAAGCUGGUGUCCAUCGUGUCCAGAGGGUCCCGAAAACAGAAAGUAAAGGUCGCAUACACACCAGCACGAUGACCGUGGCCAUACUUCCUCAACCCACUGAGAUCUCAUUUACCAUCAACCCCAAAGAUCUGAGGAUCGAGACGAAGAGAGCCAGUGGAGCAGGAGGACAGCAUGUCAACACCACCGACAGCGCUGUGAGGAUCGUCCAUCUACCCACAGGCACAGUGUCUGAGUGCCAGCAGGAGCGGUCCCAGAUCAAGAACAAAGAGACGGCGAUGACACUCCUGCGAGCCAAACUCUACAGCGCCCGGCUGGAGGACGAGACCAGCAAGAGAUACCAGGCUCGCAAACUCCAGAUUGGCACCAAAGGCAGAUCAGAGAAAAUCAGGACGUAUAACUUCUCACAGGACCGGAUCACUGAUCACAGGAUUGGAAAAACCAUUCAUGACGUGCGUGGAUUCUUACAAGGAGAGGAACUGCUAGACGAGAUGAUUGUGUUUUUGCAACAGUUUUCUGAACAGGAAUCCCUCAUGGACGUUCUCGAGGACAAUGAUCAGAAUCAGUAGUUAUUUGUGGCAAUAAAGAAAUGUGUAAAAGUU